CAAUCCAUUUACCCACAUUUUUACCUUUGAAACGUUGAUUAACAUUUUCUUUUAGGUUAUGCUACUGUUACUAUUGCCUAUUGAUUCUUGUCAAAGUCACACCCGCACCCGCACCCGUAAAAUCAAAUUAUCUUCACCAGUUUCCUGCUAGCUGCUGCUGGUUUUAUUUUAUUGCACGCUGCAGUAAGAUACUAAUUCAGUUUUUAAAGAUCAAAAGUAAUAGAAUCUACAAAAAUGGCUUCGAAGUACAAAAUUAAGGUUGGUAUCAUUGGUGGCUCAGGAUUAAAUAAUCCCAAUUUCUUCAAAGAUGAAAAAGAACUCGACAUUGAUACGCCUUUUGGAAAACCCUCAGAUGUUCUUAUUUCUGGGAAAAUUGAGAAUGUCGAUUGUGUUCUGUUGGCUAGACAUGGAAGGCAGCACACAAUCAGCCCGACGAACGUGAACUACAGAGCCAAUAUUUGGGCGCUGAAGAAGGCCGGCUGCACCCACGUAAUAGCGUCGUCUGCGUCCGGAUCCCUGCAGGAGCACAUCAAACCCGGAGACAUGGUCGUCGUCGACUCUUUCAUAGACAGAACAACGAAGAGAAGUGCAUCGUUCUACGAUGGAUCGGUGGAUGAAGCGAAAGGUGUCUGUCACAUUCCCAUGGAGCCAGCAUUCUGCAACAAAACUAGACAAAUCCUGAUAGAAGCAGCUGAGGAAUUGGCAAUACCGGUGCACUCCAGUGGAACAUCCGUAUCAAUCGAAGGACCGCGAUUCUCUUCGCGAGCUGAGAGCAAUUUGUAUCGUUCCUGGGGCAUUCAGCUAGUCAACAUGACAUUGGUUCCUGAAGUGGUUCUAGCCAAAGAAGCUGGUUUGUGCUAUGCAGUCGUAGCAAUGGCCACUGACUAUGACUGUUGGAGAAUUUCAGAAGAGGGCGUUAAUGUGUCGGAUGUUCUCAAAACAUUCAAGGAGAAUGUUGAGAAAAUCACCAAACUCUUUUUGAAAGUGGUGCCAAGAAUUGCUGAGGAAAACUGGGAUGACACCAUUGACUCCUUGAAAGCUACUGUGGAAUCCAGUAUCAUGCUACCGCAGAGCAAGAAAUAGAUAUCCAUGUCACACGAGUAAGUGAAUAAUAAGCAUCACAUGAACUGUCAUGAUGAAAGCAACAAUAUCAAUUUACGAAUUAAUCCAGAAACUUCCAACCACUCUGCUCAAAAACAAUAAUGAAUUUACUCUCUGCUCUAGAUUUGAAGUUCAUCAAGGAAGUAUAUCCUAUUUUAUUGGACAAGCCAGCAAGGGAAAGCAUGGUUGUUGAAUCAUCUAAGUUGAAGAUAGAUUGAUCAAUGGCACCCAUUGUUGUCAUCGCUGUGCUAAAAUCAAGCUCAAUUUUUUUUUGAAACAUGAAAAUCCUAUUUAUGCAAGAGUCAACAUGAUAUUGAAAAUAUUUAAUUAAAUAGAUUUCAGUCUCCAUACACGUGAUGGGAUAAUUCGAUUAAUCAAAUUGCACUAGCCAACUGGAACUUAUCGUAUUAUAUUAAUCAUUCGAAAACUCAAAACAACUCAAAAGCACCUAAAAAACGUAAAACACAUUGCACAGAAAAUACCUCAAAUAUUUUAUAAGAAUAAGUAAUUUUAAUCAGUCGAUUCUAACGUUAGUUAUUAAUACCAAUAGAACAGAAAAGGGCCAAAUAAACAGUCCUAAGGCCCAUUAACGGCUCAAAUGAUACAUUCAGGCGAGGUGGGACCUCCCUCCCCGCAAGGGACUCUACCAACAAAAAGCUAUACGAUUGUACACGUCGCCCCUUCCACUUGUGUGUGGUCACAAUCCUCACAAAAUACCCCAAUUGGGACUCCAUCAAGUCACUAAAAUAAACAAGCUUCCACGGAAAACCCCCCACAACCUUCACUCCUUGAAAUAUGAGCUCCUAAAUCCGAAAUCCCUGGGGUGAUCCAUUCCCAAAUCAGCAGCCAAUCAAUUGAUAUCCCGAGCAUACACCCUCCAAGAGUGUUCAUCCCAUGCCAUAUUAUAUUUUUAAGCACAUCAAUAAUUGUAGUGACUCUUUCCAGUUUCAAAAAUAACUCAAAUUGUGUAAUCUUUUCAAAAUGGAACAAAUUUCCCUAGAGUCGACACUCUGAGAAAUCAAAUUUAUCACGAGACAAACAGUAUCCUGAAGGAAUAUACCCUCAGUUUCCCAAGUUAUUUGCCGUUAAUCCGGAAAUGGACCACCCCAAAGACUUCAACCUCAGGCGACCAUAAAUUAAAUUAUCUCAAGAAGUAAAAAUCAUAAAAAAGGUUUUAUUCUCAGAAACCCGUACCAUCCUGGCAACUUUGUAGUUCCCAAAUCGAAAUACUUGAAAAAAUGUCACCAGUAGAAAGUUUCCAAAAGCGAGAUGCAUAACC